AUGGGCCCGAAAGUAAAUGACGAAUUUGCUGAGUGGUUGAACAUGAGAUAUGGUUCAAUCCAGGCAUGUACAAUCGUCAGAGGAAAGAUACACAGAUAUCUUGGAAUGACUUUGGAUUUCUCGGUGAAAGGAAAACUCAAAAUCUGCAUGGACGACUAUGUCAAGAACAUGUUGGAAGAUUUUCCUAUCAAGUUCAACAAGGAUUCAAAGCAGGAAACACCAGCUGGUAACGAUUUACUGGAAGCUGGUAAAGGGAAGUUACUCAGUGCUGAGUACCGUCAAAUCUUUCAUACUACUGUUGCAAGGGGACUUUAUGUCUCUAAGAGAGCUCAUUUGGAUAUCCAUUCAACGAUUACUAUUCUUGCCUUGAGAGUUCAAGAGCCUACAGAGUCUGACUGGAAGAAGUGUGUUUGCAUGAUACGAUACUUGUUUUGUACAUUGUUGUAUCACCUGACACUUUCUACAGAAUCACUACAAGUCAUUAAAUGGAUGAUUGACGCAUCAUUUGCGGUGCAUCCAGAUUUGAAAAGCCAUACUGCUGGCGGCACUCUGUCCUUUGGACGAGGUGCAGCUCAAGUGAUGUCAAAGAAGCCAAAACUAAACAGCAGAAGCAGUACAGAAGCGGAAAUGAUUGCUGUUGACAAUGUUGCCAUGAUGAUACUAAGGAAAAAGUUGUUCAUGAAGUGGCAAGGGUAUCCGGUCGAGAAAAAUAUCUUGUAUCAGGAUAACACAAGCGCAAUUCUACUGGAAGAGAAUGGUCGCAAGAGCACGGGCAAACGAAGCCGAGCUAUCAAUAUUCAAUAUUUCUUUAUCACAGAUCAAGUUGAGAAAGGAAAUGCUAAGAUCAAAUACUGUCCAACUGACGAUAUGAUUGCGGAUUUCAUGACUAAGCCAUUGCAAGGUGAGAAGUUUCGCAAGUUCAGGGAUCUGAUUCUUGGUCCACAGGACUAG